AUGGUGGCGGUUAAAGGAGGCGUGUGGACGAACAUUGAGGACGAAGUACUCAAGGCAGCCAUCUCCAAGUAUGGGCUGAACCAGUGGGCACGAGUGUCGUCGCUUCUGGCGCGAAAGACGCCCAAGCAGUGCAAAGCACGGUGGAACGAGUACCUCGACCCGAGCAUCCGCAAGAUCGAAUGGAGCAAAGAUGAGGACGAGAAGCUGCUGCAUCUGGCGAAGCUGAUGCCGACGCAGUGGCGGACGAUCGCGCCGAUAGUCGGACGGACAGCGAACCAGUGUCUGGAGCGAUACCAGCGGCUGCUGGACGACGCGGAGCAGCGCGAGGCAUCGGAGCUGGGGCUGACGGGAACGGAUGGCGGCGAUGCGCAAGCUCCGACGGCCGACAACGUGCGGCGGCUGCGGCCGGGUGAGGUGGACCCGGACCCGGAAAGCAAGCCGGCGCGGCCGGACACGAUCGACCUAGACGAAGACGAGAAGGAGAUGCUGAGCGAGGCGCGGGCCCGUCUGGCGAACACACAGGGCAAGAAGGCGAAGCGAAAGGCACGCGAGCGGCAGCAGGAAGAAGCGCGGCGACUGGCCAACCUGCAGAAGCGACGGGAGCUGAAGACGGCGGGGAUCAACAUUAAGGUGGUGACGCGCAAGCAGGGCGAGAUGGACUACAAUGCGGAUAUUCCUUUUGAGAAGAAGCCAGCGAUGGGAUUCUACGACACGAGCGAGGAAAUUCAGCGCAACGAGCGGCAGCGGGAAGCCUUUGACCCGCGGCAGCAGAGCACGACAAACAAGCGCAAGGGCGACGAAGGCGAGGACGCCGGGCGAAAGAAGCGCAAGGGCGACAAGGACGGCGACCAGGCGGCACACCAGGCGGCCAUGAAGGCGGGCCAGAUGCAGCGGCUGCGCGAGGCCGAGCAGAGCAGCAAGCGACGGGCGUUGGUGCUACCGGCGCCACAGGUCAGCGAGACCGAGCUGGAGGAGAUUGUCAAGAUGGGGGCGAUUGGCGAGCGGGCCAACAUGCUGGCACGCGAGAGCGAGAACGAAGCGACCCGUGGCCUGCUGCAGAACUACUCGACCGUCCAGACGGGUGCACCGAUCCGGACGCCGCGAGCAGCACCCGAGGAGGACCGGGUAGCCAACGAGAUCCGCAACAUCCGCGCCCUGACCGAGACGCAGUCGUCGCUGCUGGGCGGCGAGAACACGCCGCUGCGCGAGGGCGCCGGCUCGACCGGCUUCGAGACAGCCACGCCGCGCAAGCAGGUACUGGCGACGCCGAAUCCGCUGGCGACACCGCUGCGUAAUGGAGGAGGGACGGGCGGGGCGUUGGCGACACCGCUGCGUCCAGGGCAGACGCCGUUGCGGACACCGCGGGACGGUUUUGCGCUCAACGCAGGCGGCGAGCCGAUACCGGUGCGAAGUCGGCUGGCCCAAGGCCUGGCGGCGCUGCCGAAGCCCAAGGAUACCGAGUGGGACCUGGAGCUGCCCGAGGCGGAGGAGGAGGAGCGGCGACAGCAGGCGGCAGCAGACGAGGCAGCCCUGGUGGAAGAUGCGGCCGACCGCGACCGGCGCGAGCGCGAACGGCUCGAAGCUCAAGAGCUGCUCGCGCGCAAGCGCCGCACACAGGUGAUGCAGCGCGGCCUGCCACGACCGUCGACCGUCGAUCUAGCAGCCCUGCUGGAGAAGGCAGCUGGGCUGGACGAUGCGGCCGAGGCGCUGGUGGCGCAUGAAGCCGCCCUGCUCGUGGCCAACGAUGCGGCUCAGUAUCCGGUGCCGGGGUCGAGGAAAAAACAGACAGGGUCGGGGACGGCACCGCAGCUGGAUCGCCUGGAAGACGGCCUGCUGGCCGAGGCGCGGCUACAGGUGCUGCUGGAGGCCAGAAAGGCCCCGGCCCCAGAAACAAUCACAUCGGCCUGGGGCGGGCUCGUACACGCGGCCGCUGCUGGCACGAAUGCGCUGCUGCUUGGGCUGGGGUGUUACGACGAGGACGAGGAUGAGAUGGAGCGGGUGCGCUCAGCAUUUGAGUCGGUGCACGAGGCAAUGCUGGCGUCGGCCGAGAAGGGCGCCAAGCUGGAGAAGCGGCUAGCCGUGCAUCUGGGCGGCUACAAGCACCGGGCAGACCUGCUGCGCAACAAGAUGGGCGAGGCGCACGAGGCGUUGCAGCGGGCUGAGGCGGCGCGCAAUGGCUUCGAGAUCCUGGCCCGGUCGGAGGAGGUGGCCAUCGGGCGACGGCUAGCUGCACUGCGUCAAGAGGUCGCGUACGUCAGCCGACGCGAGCGCGAGGCCCAGGAACUGUAUCGGGCCAACCGAGAGGAACUGGCAUCGCUGGGGGUCAGGGUGUAA